UUCAACAAUCUUGAACAACAACCGACAAACAAAAAAAAGAAAAAAACAGAGUGGGAAUUUACUGUAAGACCUUCAAGAAAGUAGAUGGAAAGUAGCAGUACUAGUUAAUUAAUCAGCACUUAUUUUCAGCUGAACAUCUUUAACAAUUUGAAAAAUCCCAAUUAACCCCAUCACAGUAGAUCCAUUUUGCCUUGUAGAUCUCACUCCCAAUUUGCUCUCAAAGCAAAAAAGAAACAUGGCAAGGCAAUCUGGGAAUUGCUUAAGAUGUUGUUUAGUAAUUUUUGCUGUAGUUUCUGCUCUUUGUGUAUCUGGUCCUGCUAUUUAUUGGAAGUUCAAGAAACUUAAAGUUAAAGCUGCUCAAUCUUGUAUGCCUUGUAAAUGUGACUGUUCUCCUCCUCUUUCUUUGCUUGAAGUUGCUCCUGGCUUGGCGAAUCUUACAAUCACAGACUGCGGAAAAGAUGAUCCAGACCUUAAGGAGGAGAUGGAGAAACAGUUCGUUGAUUUAUUAUCGGAAGAGCUGAAACUGCAAGAGGCUGUUGACAAGGAGCACGCCCAUCAUAUGAACAUCACCUUUGUGGAGGCGAGGAGGUUAGCUACCGAGUACCAAAAGGAGGCUGAGAAAUGCAUUGCUACAACGGAAACUUGUGAAGUCGGGAGAGAAAGAGCUGUUGUGUUGUAUGCCAAGGAAAUGAAGUUGACUAACCUUUGGGAACGCAGAGCGCGCCAAGCUGGUUGGGAAGACUGAAUACAAAAAUGAAGUUUUCAUCACGCUAGCUCAAAUUUUGUUGUCCGCUAUUGUAGCUUUAUGCUAGUUGUAUUUCUAUGUAUGAGCACAAAAUUGCUCAUAUUUCUUCAUCUAAUAUAUGUAUUUUACCUGCUCUCCUGUGUACCUUGCCAUUAUCAUAUGAAAUAUAAACUUCCCCACUAUAGUUUCUAUGA